AUGCUUGCUGAUUCCGCUCCCGAUGCGCAGACCCUGACCCUCCCCAAGCCCCUGGUCGAGUUUGGAAACAAGCCCAUGAUUGAGCACCAGAUCGAGGCCCUCGCUGCCGCCGGUGUCACCGAUGUCGUUCUUGCUGUCAACUACCGUCCCGAGGUGAUGGAGAAGCACUUGGCAGAGUACGAGAAGAAGUUCGGCCUCACCAUUACCUUCUCCAUCGAGACCGAGCCCCUCGACACCGCCGGCCCCUUGAAGCUGGCCGAGCAUAUCCUCGCCAAGGACGAUUCCCCCUUCUUCGUCCUCAACUCGGACGUCAUCUGCGACUUCCCCUUCAAGGAUCUCGCCGAGUUCCACAAGAACCACGGCGACGAAGGCACCAUUGUCGUCACAAAGGUCGAGGAGCCUUCCAAGUACGGCGUUGUCGUCCACAAGCCCGGCCACGCCACCAAGAUCGACCGUUUCGUCGAGAAGCCCGUCGAGUUCGUCGGCAACCGCAUUAACGCCGGCAUGUACAUCCUCAACACGAGCGUCCUCAAGCGCAUCGAGCUCCGUCCCACCUCCAUCGAGAAGGAAACCUUCCCCGCCAUUGUCCGCGACGGCCAGCUGCACAGCUUCGACCUCCAGGGCUUCUGGAUGGACGUCGGCCAGCCCAAGGACUUCCUCACCGGCACCUGCCUGUACCUCACUUCACUCACCAAGCAGGGCUCCAAGGAGCUCGCCUCCCCAUCGGAGCCGUACGUCCACGGCGGCAACGUGCUGAUCGACCCCACUGCCAAGAUUGGCAAGCACUGCAAAAUCGGCCCCAACGUCACCAUCGGCCCCAACGUCGUUGUCGGCGACGGUUGCCGUCUGCAGCGCUGUGUCCUCCUGCCCGGUUCCAAGGUCAAGGAUCACGCCUGGGUGAAGAGCACCAUUGUUGGCUGGAACAGCACCGUCGGCAAGUGGGCUCGUCUGGAGAAUGUCACUGUUCUCGGCGACGACGUGACGAUUGGCGACGAGAUUUACGUCAACGGCGGCAGCAUUCUGCCCCAUAAGAGCAUCAAGGCCAAUGUCGACAUUCCCGCCAUCAUCAUGUAA